AUGGAGAAGCAAUACGCAGUCCAAUAUGAGAAGACCGAUAAACUGAAACGAUCACCAGAUGAGAAUAAGACCAAUCGGGUUGUUGAAAAAAUAGCUGUGUUUCUUUCCUGGUUCCUUGUAGUGAUUCUUUUUCCCUUCUCGCUAUGCUGUUGCAUCAAAGUGGUUUUGGAGUGCCAGAGGAUUGUAAUUCUCCGCUUGGGUCGUCUCAGAGGUUCCGCAGGUCCAGGACUCGCCUUCAUUCUUCCCUGUAUCGAUUCCUUCAAAUCGGUGGAUAUUCGUACAGAUGUGAUCGAUGUCGGUAACCAGGAUAUGCUUACCAAGGACUCGGUGUCAAUAACAGUGAACGCAGCUGUGUUUCACUACGUAUUCAAUCCCAUAGACUGGAUUAUCAAGGUGGACGGUGGCAAUGAUGCUGUGAAAACUAUUUCCCAGGUCACUCUGCGCAACAUUGUGGGAUCGAAGAAUCUGCACGAAAUAUUGGCCUCCAGGCAGCAACUAUCCCGGGAAAUCCAGGCGGCCUUGGCCAAUCUCACCAGUCGUUGGGGAGUGUAUGUGGAACGUGUGGACCUGAUGGAUAUCUCGGUGCCGAGGAGUUUGGAGCGAUCCUUGGCCAGCGAAGCGGAGGCGUCGAGGGAAGCACGGGCCAAGAUCAUAUUGGCCGAGGGUGAAGCCAAAGCGUCACAGGCCCUGAAGGAGUGCUCUGAUGUGAUGUCGGAGAACAAAAUUGCGCUUCAGCUAAGGCAUCUCCAGAUUCUUUCUUCUAUAGCAAGGGAACGUCUGGUAAAUGUAAUUUUCCCCAUUCCCCUGGAAAUAAUGGAACCGUUUAAGGACGGGGAAGAGUCGUUUGCACUACAGCUGGAUGACGACGACAAAAAGGAUAAAAAUAAAAAAUCGGAUUAUUUGGAUUUUAUCUCACCAAAACUCUACAUCAUGGGUCCUCCACCAGAUACACUUCCCGAUCCCGCAGCAGAUACGGAUACUGAGAAUAAUUUAAGGCCUUCUUCUCAUAGGGAUAACGAAGGAACAAGUCCCCAAAAAGAAUCUAAUAAGGACAAUGUGGAUGAGGUUAAACCAGGACGAUCCUGGCAAUGGCCACCGUUCUUCAGACCCUCGCGAAGAGCUGACGAUGGCGAACAACCAUCUGGCAGCCGAAGAGGUCCUAUUGAAGAUGGCCAAUCACCGACUACCAAGAAAACAGAUGGCAUAGAACCUUAUCCAUUGCUAACUAAGCCUUCAACCCGUUCUUCUCCUGCUAAGCCUUCUACUACGCCACUUCCUCCUCUUCCUCCACCUCCAAAUCCACCGGCACUUCCUCCAGUUCCUUCUCAUCCGACGCUUCCUCCCAUUCCUCCGCAUCCAACUCUACCUCCUCUGCCCGAACGACCCACGCCUCCUUCCAAAUCUACCACCCCACCGGAAGACAAAGAUUCAAAAGUAACAAAGCCAGACAAAAACUAUUAUUUUUAAAUGAUUUUGCAAAAAUG